AAACAUGUUAGUAGAGCCUGUAUUCAAUGCCGUGGUCGUCAUUUAAGAUGCGAUGGUAUUUUACCAAUAUGUGGUCGUUGCUUAAAAAAUGAUAAAACUUGCACCUAUGUUCCAAGUCAUCGUGGUGGUUCAAGAAAGAAAAUCAAAUCAAAUACUGCUCAUACUUUUAACCAUUUAAAUAGACCUUUCCCACUACUAGCCCCCUCAAGUCUAAAUUUCUCCUUGAAUUCCUCCUUAAAUUCUUUAAAUUCCUUUAAUGAUUGUUCUGCUUGCGAUAACUGCAACUCUUGUUCUGAAGAUGAAUCUUCUUCAUACACAAAUUCAAAUUCAAAUUCUUACAAUUCCUAUAGAAUGAAAAGAAAAUUAUUCAAAAAGACAAAAAACUCAAAUCUUUUAAAUAAUUUGUCUUUCCCAAUAUCAAUAUCUCAUUCAAAUUCGUUCAUAAACAACAACAUCAAAAAUAACAAUAAUAACAGCAAUAAUAACCCAUUUAAUAACAAUAAUAAUAAUAACAAUAAUCAAAAUUUCAUUCACUCUAAAUCAAAUUUGAUUGACACCUCAAAAAUAAAUACAGCUUCAACAAUAUUGCUAUAUUACUCAACUUUCCAUAAUUUCCAUCCCUUCUUGCCUCCAAUAAAUGAAAUCAAUGACUAUAUAACAAAAAUUACAAACUCUGAUGAUUUAGUAUCUGCUAUGAAAUUAAUAAUAGAUGGCCAAACUACAAAUCAAUUCUCAAAUGAUAUCAGAAAAGUAUCUGAUAGAAUAACUCAAUGCUUAAUGAUAAUAGAAAAUGACCUUAAUAACGACCUCGUAUCUCUACAGGCUUUGAUACUAUUAUCAAUAGCAUCAUAUAUAUCUUCCUUACAUGAUCUAAAUAAGUAUAUUAGAGAAAAAUGCUUUUCUUUAAUCAAAUUCUUAAACAUUAAUGUUAUUGAUGAAGAAUAUUUCAAAAGCCCAAUCGCUUCUCCAACUCUUAACUCGAAUGAUUCUUGCUCUUCAAAAGCUAUAAUAGAAAAUUUACAAAACUUACAAGUUUUUAAAUCAAAAAGAUUACAAAAUAUCCCAACCAAUACAAUACUAGAUUCUUCAAGAAGAUUGUUUUGGGAAUUUUAUAUGAUUGAUAUUACUAUAAACUCACUUGAUGGUAAAACUUUAUCAAAAUUACCUUCUUUGUCUUUGAAGAUUAAAUAUCCAACUUAUCCUCCCAGAGAAACUUUUGAUUACAAAAGCAGAUCUGAAGCUUCAACUUUAUUAAACGAUGUUAUUAGAAUGAAUAGAGCUAUAUUAGAAAAACAGCCCUAUGACUCUUAUUUAGUCCAAGCUUCUGUUGCUUUAGGAAACUGGGAAAUGAAAAUAGAAGACCCAUCUUUAUUCAAUACUCCCUACUUGAUUAAUAGUUUAGGUCAAGUUAAUGAAGGUGUUCAUCAAGCUAUAAUAAUGUUUAACUACGCUAAAAUGUUUAUCCAUAAACCAUUUUCUUUCCUCUCUCUGGAUGAAAUCCCUGUUCUCCCGAAAUCGCCUAAUAGUAACAAUAACAAUCUUAAGAAUAAUGAUUUAUCCUCGUUCCCAAACAAAAUAGAUUCGAGAAAAAUCAUCGAAACAAGAAAAACAAUCGAAGCUGCAAACUCUGUUGUUAAAUUAUUAAUUGAUACUAAUCCUGCUCAAAUCCAUAAAAGAACUCCUUUAUUUGCUUGUUCAGUCGCCUAUGCUGGUAUAGUCCAUCUUGGUGCUUAUGUUUGGACUGGUUCUUCUAUUGAUCAAAGCAAUAUCAAUCCUUCUUUCUCGAAUCAUUUCCCAAAAAUUAACCCUGGAGAAUUACAGCUCUACAAGGAAUACUUGAAACUCGAAUUAAAUGGAAUUUAUUCAGUGUCAAGACACUGGCAUUUGCCUGGCGAACUAGCAUCUCACUUGAGAAAUUCAAUAUUUAAGCUGGUACCUGAAUUAUAUCAUCAGCUUGAAGAUUCAUUUCCAAGAAUGUUUAAUAUAACAAAUGAAAAACAGUCACUAAUAAACAAAUUUAAUGCAUCUCCAGUCAGAGCUGCUUCAACUAUUUCAAAUAAUUCGGAUUUUGACUUCACCAGUUUCCAAAAUGAAAACAGUUUCAAUAAUAAUACUAAUAAUAACACCCCUGACAAUAAUUCUAACAUUCAGAAUAACAAUAUGAACAAUAUGAGCAAUAUGAGUAAUAUGAGUGACAUAAGUAAUAUG